AUGGGGUCAUAUUCAUCUCCUGGCUGGAGGCAGUUAGACAUCGCCGUUGUUGGUGGCGGGAUAGGAGGAAUGUCUGCGGCGACCGGCCUGCGCCGUGCCGGCCAUAAGGUUUCGAUUUACGAACGUGCCGAUUUCCUUGGUCAAGCCGGUGCUUCUAUUUCCUGUGCAGCGAACGGUACGCGCUGGCUACACGAGUGGGGCGUAGAUGUGGCUAAAGGCGAUGGGGUCAUCCUUCAAAAGCUCAUCAGCCGCGAUUGGACGACGGGCAAGAUCCUGACAGAGUAUGGAAUGGAUGACUACGAGGAACGAUGGGGGUAUGUGUACUACAUGUUUCAGCGGCAGUGUAUGCACACAAUGUUGAAGGAUUCUGCAUUGGGGGAGGGUGAAGGAGUGCCCGCGAAACUCUUCAUGAAUCACAAGUGUAAAAACAUUGAUAUCAAUACCGGUUUGAUUGAGUUUGAGAAUGGAGAGGUGGCCAACCAUGAUCUCAUUAUCGGCGCGGAUGGCAUCGGAUCCGCCGUUCGUGGUAUUCUCGAUAUCUGGCCUGAGAAGCGACCCGCCGGGUCUAGCUGCCUACAUGCAAACGUCCUCACUGAAGAUGCGGUCGCCGCUGGUCUUACUGACUUCUCUAAAGAUAACGCCCUGCAGUUCUGGGGCGGCCAUGGGGAGGCCUGGGACAAGAUCGUUCUCUCUCCGUGCCGAGGGGGCAAGUUGCUAUCGUACUAUUGCUUUUUCCCGCGGGAGAAAGGAGACUACGUGAAUCAUUCUUGGGGGGAAGCUGACAGGCCAGUGGAAGAGCUGCUCGCCCCGUACCCUCAACUCGAUACGCAAGUCCGGGGACAUUUGGCCCUUGGCAAAGAAAUCCAACCAUGGCGUCUAUGGAUGCAUGAACCAUAUCCAUAUAUUGCAAGAAACAUGGUCUGCUUGCUAGGUGAUGCAGCUCACCCAAUGAUGCCUCACCAAAGCCAAGCAGCCUGUAUGGCAAUCGAAGACGCAGCUGCCUUGGGCAUUAUUUUUAGCAAGAAAUGUUUCACGGGAGAUGUGUUUGAGUCACUAUCUACCUAUGAGUCAGUUCGUCUCCCGAGGGCAACCAAGGUUCAGGCAGCAGCGGCGAGAGCCUCACACAAUAUCAACGAGCGAAUCGGAUUCUCCAGCAACAUUCACAAUCCAGUUUACGUGGUGAAGAGUGAGCAGGGGAAAUUGACAAUUGAAGAGAUGAAUGCUUAUAAUAUGCACAUGCACAUCGACGAAGUAGUCUCCAGACGCACCGGGGAAGCAUACACUCACAAGUACACCCGCGGUCUGCCAAUAGGGCUAAAGCUAGCAAACGGAUAUACCGUUGGAGCUGAAGAUUGGUCUUAUGACUAG